AGCGCAGAGCGUCGGCGCGACUGCGGCAAAAGUGUGAGAGGAGAGAAGCGCUAGUUUAGCACAGAUUAGGGGAGCGUGAGGAAGAAGUGGGGGAGAACCCGGAGUGACCGCCACCUAGAAAGUGAGAGGCAAGCGAAUCUGAAAGGGAGACAGGCGCAUAAGAGGGAGGUAACCACAGUUAGCUGUAGGAUUUCAUGCUCCCUGGGAGGACACUAUGAGAGUGUAGCUGGCCAAUUGGGGUAGCUAACGUUAGGCAUUGCAUGUACUAGAUAUCUGUAGUUAGGUAGCUAGCGUCUGAUCGCUUGAAGAAACUGACUUGCAUAUUCCAAUAACUUUAACUGUCUUUUCAGUCUGUCCACCAGGAAACGAGCCAAGAGUGUGAGUUGUGAGGAAGAUACGGCUAUCAGCAGCCUGUUGUGAAGAGUAUAGAGGCAGUGUAGCUAUAGCUAAAUCGCUAGUAUGGUGGACAGAGAGCAGCUCGUACAGAGAGCCCGUCUGGCGGAGCAGGCGGAACGGUAUGAUGACAUGGCCUCCGCGAUGAAACUGGUGACAGAGCUGAACGAGCCCCUGUCCAACGAGGACCGCAACCUGCUGUCCGUGGCUUAUAAAAAUGUGGUUGGGGCCAGGCGCUCCUCGUGGCGUGUCAUAUCCAGCAUCGAGCAGAAGACCUCGGCCGACGGCAACGAGAAGAAGCUGGAGAUGGUGCGGGCGUACAGGGAAAAGAUCGAGAAGGAGCUGGAGUCGGUGUGCCAGGAUGUGCUCUCCCUGCUGGAUAAGUUCCUCAUCAAGAAUUGCAGCGACGCACAGUUCGAGAGCAAGGUGUUCUACCUGAAGAUGAAGGGCGACUACUACCGCUACCUGGCGGAGGUGGCCGUGGGCGAGAAGCGGGCGGCCGUGGUGGAGUCAUCGGAGGCGUCCUACAAGGAGGCCUUCGACAUCAGCAAGGAGCACAUGCAGCCCACUCACCCCAUCCGCCUGGGCCUGGCCCUCAACUUCUCUGUCUUCUACUACGAGAUCCAGAACGCCCCUGAGCAAGCCUGCCACCUGGCCAAGCAGGCCUUCGACGACGCCAUCGCUGAGCUGGACACUCUCAACGAAGACUCCUACAAAGACUCCACCCUCAUCAUGCAGCUACUACGAGACAACCUCACCCUGUGGACCAGCGACCAGCAGGACGACGACGCAGGGGAGGCCAACAACUGAGGGCCCCGUCCUGUUGUCACCACUAGCUACCCCCCCACCAUGGUCAUUCUCCGUCUGUCUGCACCCUUAAAAAUGUUCCCUCUUGACAUCCCAGGCAAAAGCUUUUUCCAUCUGUGGGCUCUCACCUUCCUAUAACCCAUAUUCUUAGCCUUCCCCAGCCACGCCACCUUUCCUUGUUCACAAGACUCCCACCUCUUUCCUGCUCUCUCCGAGCCUUUGCAAUCACAGUUGUUAUACAUCCUCCCCACUGCCAUGUCCUGAAUGGCACCAGAAGCAUUUGUCUGCUCCUCCUUUCUGCUGUCUUUUUCAUCCUUGCCUUUGUGUGCGCACUGCUGUCUACUGUAUUGUUUGUCUACUGUCCUCAGAGCUGGAUGUCUUUAUUGCAAAUGGUAAUGGAUUUUUGUUGGAGUUUUGGUAGGCCCAGAGCCUUCAUUUGCCUAUACAAAAAAAGAUUUCUGUUUGCUAGAGCACAUUAAAACUUUACCAUGGGAAAGCUUUAUUUGGGGCGUGCGUUUCCAGUGCUUUGUAGAAUAUCUAAAUGUAAACAAUACGAAGAACCUGCUUACCUCUUUAAUGUGUCAUAUGUGGGGGUACAUCUGUGUUUAGAAGCCAGGUGCCGUGUGUCGUUUGUGUGUGCCUGUGCGUCUGUGUCCGUCUGCACCUCUGUGUAUUCGUGUGAAAGUCUGUCUCUGGCCCAACUGGCCAGCCGGGCGGAGCCGUCAUCGUGCAGGCUGAUCGUGGUGUCGUCAUGGUGGGUUUGGCAGCCCCGUUACAGUGCAGGUGUCUGUGGGCAUGACGAGUGCAGGUGACAAAGCGAAAUGUCGUAGUCUAAAGCAGGAGGUCAGACCGAGCUUCUAUGUCUGCUUCAGCUGGGGAGGAGAGGCCAACUGCACGCUUCUAUGCACUUUAGCAAAUUAGCCCUCCGUGCCUCAUGUGGUGGCCACGCCCUGACUGCAUGCAUCAUAAAUAAGUAAGCAGAGAAAAAGGGGGAGGGGUUUCUGGGGAAAUGCCCAUGACCUCUUUAUUGCCUAUAGUUGCAUUUAGUGCUGCAGAAAUGCCUUCAAUGUUUCCAGUGUUCAGACCGCAAGUCCUGAGAACAGCAAUGAAUUGAAUGAAACACUAGCAGAUGACAGGACAGAUACACCCUGCAGAUAACCCCAUUGCUGUGCAGACAGAAAUUGGGAUAUGAAACACCUUGUGAUAUUGUCAGGGUUUGUUUAACAUAGAAACCAAGGGGCUUUAAUCAAUGGAAUACAAUGGUGAAUUCACUGAUCAAUAAUGGCUACUUGCACAAAGCCUCAAGGCUUCAAGACAAGGGGAAGCCACCUUUGUCUGUGGAAGAUGUCAAUAAUGCUGGCAUUAGUCCAUAACUGGCUCUAAUGUGCUUGAAGAAUAGCGUUUAUUUGUCUGUGAAUCUACCAGUGAGGGGGAUAUUAACCAGAUUUAUCUGUGCUAUGAUCAAGGCUGUUGAUGAAAUCAUUAUUCCAUUGAUCGUGUGCUGGUACUGUCAUAGUGACCAUAGAAGUAAUAAAUGGGAAUUCAACGAGUCCUUAAUGUGGAGGAUCAAAGACUUAAGUGCAUGCAAAACAAUGCAAAAGCAGCAACAAUUACCACAGGCAGAAAAAAACUCCUGGAUCAGGCUUUUAAAAGAGGGACAGUUUCCUUUCCUUCUGUGACAUCAGCAAAACCUCUCACAUGACCCCCUCAAGCUGUACUUGUUUCUCCUUCCAAAGACAUUUUUUAGGCCAAAUUUGUGUCUUCAUUUCAGGGAUAGUUUAUUAAAAUGAUCAGCUUUUUAAACUUUUUAAGCCUACCCAGGCUAUUUUAAGGAUAUUGACUUUUGUCUACAUUUAUACACAUUCACAUGCACGAUUGCAAGCAUUUUUUUUUCCACUGAAAAACGGGAAAAAGCCGCGCAAAGUUUGCCCCUGUUCUGCACUGAAUCAGAUUUUAGUUUAAGCCACUUCUGUUUGGUUUCCCUUGGCCAUAUGGUAAUCUGUUGUUGUCAUGAACAGUUUGACACCUGAUAUAAGCUCAAUCUUGGACACUUCAUGUGUCAUAUGGAUAUUGACCCUUAUCGUUCCAUUGGCCAUUGUCUCCAGACUUUUACUGCUUCAAAUUUGUAAAAAAAAAAAAGGUCCACUAAUGACAGAGAAGGCAAAAUAAUUUUCCUUGUGGUCUUAAUGCAUCAACCAGGAAAGGACGUGUAUAAAUGUAUCCUGGCAACUCGACACAAUUUCUUUGGCCAAUUUGCCUACUGUUAAGAGAGGGUACAAAAUGUCAGCUUCCGUUGUCUAAAAUGUUUUAUGUGUUAAACCUCAUAUAAAGUCAUAAGUGCUCUGACAUUAUGUGCCGUGACCUUUGACAAAUUUUGAAGCCACUGGUGAGUGACUGCAGUUCAUUGCCAAAAGCAUCUGCAUGUAACCUUGCCAUUGACCUUCAGAGGGCUGGGCGCUCGGCUUCUCUGGUUUGCUCUGUGUAGGUUAUUUUUAAGUGCAUUCAUGUGGUUAUGACAGACUACUAUUAGUACUAAUAAUUGUGAAACUUCACUUCCUUUAUGUCCAGGUCACUCAGUGUUUUCUGAUAUUAAGCAUAUUUCUAUGUGCAAAUAGUAAUUUAUCAAAGUCCCGGGCUCCCUGUUUUAAUCAUUUUAAUUCAGAUAUAGAAAACAUUGGAGUGUAUUCUUUUAUGUUAUAAAAAUACUGACUGAGACUUUAAAUGAGUUCAUCCAGCAAAUCUGAGAGGGUCAUGUUUAAGGUUGUGUUGAUUUCACAAAUAAUUGCCCAGAAUUUAUAUUUAUUUCACCAAUUGUUUUGCUGAUAAUGAAGUUUUGAGGUACUCAGAUAUGAGUUGAGAAAGCAAAACAUUGAAAUGAAAUGUUUUAAUACAAAAAAUGAGCAUUUAAUGACAAGUUGUGGUGGUUAUUUUCUUGCUUUAUUUAUUUAUUUUGUUUUUUUUUUUUUAAACCAUUGGCUAACUGGUUGGGUGCUUGCAGUGUUCCUUUUGGCCAGACUGUAAUAGACUGUGUUGAUAUGGGCAAAUUAAAAGCCAAAC